CGCCCCCCUCGGCACGGCACAUCCGGGCCCUCCCCCGGGCGGCCCUUCCCGGCGCGGCGCUCCCGGAGCCCCCGGACCGAUCCGGGCCGCGAUGCUUCGGUGCGUUCCGCCGCUCUGGCGUUGUAACCGGCACGUGGAGGCGUUGGACCGGCGGCACUGCUCGCUGCAGGCCGUGCCCGAGGAGAUCUACCGUUACAGCCGCUCGCUGGAGGAGCUGCUGCUGGACGCCAACCAGCUCCGCGAGCUGCCCAAGCCUUUCUUUAGGCUUCUGAACCUGCGUAAACUGGGCCUGAGUGACAAUGAGAUCCAGAGACUUCCCCCCGAGGUGGCCAACUUCAUGCAGCUGGUGGAACUGGACAUCUCCCGCAACGACAUUCCAGAAAUUCCAGAAAGCAUCAAAUUCUGCAAAUCCUUGGAGAUCGCAGACUUCAGUGGGAAUCCCCUUUCCAGGCUUCCUGAGGGUUUCACCCAGCUGCGCAGCCUGGGCCACUUGGCCCUGAACGAUGUGUCCCUUCAGAGCCUCCCCAACGACAUCGGGAACCUGGCAAACCUGGUGACUUUGGAGCUACGGGAGAACCUGCUGAAGACUCUACCCACUUCCCUCUCAUUCCUUGUCAAGUUAGAGCAGUUGGAUCUUGGUGGCAAUGACCUGGAAGUCCUGCCGGAUACCCUGGGAGCGCUGCCAAACCUGCGUGAGCUGUGGCUGGACCGCAACCAGCUCUCGGCUCUGCCUCCGGAGCUGGGCAACCUGCGCCGUUUGGUCUGCCUGGAUGUGUCGGAGAACAAGCUGGAGCAGCUGCCCAACGAGGUCAGUGGGCUGGUGGCGCUGACGGACCUGCUGCUGUCACAGAACCUGCUGGAGUGCAUUCCAGAUGGGAUUGGUCAGCUGAAGCAGCUCUCCAUCCUCAAGGUGGACCAGAAUCGGCUGACAGAGGUGACAGAGUCGAUCGGGGACUGUGAAAAUCUAUCCGAGCUCAUCCUGACAGAGAACAUGCUGACAGCCUUACCCAAGUCCCUGGGGAAGCUAACCAAGCUGACGAACCUGAACGUGGAUCGCAACCGGUUGACGUCCCUGCCCGCUGAGAUCGGGGGCUGCGCCAACCUGAACGUCCUGUCUCUGCGAGACAACCGCCUGGCCCUGCUGCCGGCGGAGCUCGCCAACACCACCGAGCUGCACGUCCUGGACGUGGCAGGGAACAGGCUGCAGAAUUUGCCCUUCGCUUUGACGAACCUUAACCUGAAAGCCUUGUGGCUGGCAGAAAACCAGUCCCAGCCCAUGCUGAAAUUCCAGACGGAAGACGACGAGAAGACGGGAGAAAAAGUCCUCACGUGCUACCUGCUUCCCCAGCAGCCUUCUCCUAGCCUGGAGAAUCUUCUGCAGAACAGCGUGGACGAGAGCUGGACGGACACCAACUUGAACAGAGUCAGCGUGAUUCAGUUCCUGGAUGACCCCAAAGGAGACGACGAGGAGGAGUCUGGGGCUGAGAGGCGGGGGUUACAGCGCAGAGCAACCCCUCAUCCCAGUGAACUCAAGGUUAUGAAGAAGGUGAUCGAAGUUCGGCGCAGCGAGGUCUGUGCUGCAAAACCUGGUACAGACCUGAAUUCAUCCGGCUCAGAAGAAAAGAGAGUGAGUGCCACCUCCAACCGCAGCGAGGACUCCCACCACUCCAGCAGCACGGUCUCUGCUGACUUCAGGGCAGAGGAGCAGGGAGAGGAGAGGCAGAGGAGCCGGCCGAACGGGCAAGUGAUGGAGAUGCAGGAGCUGGAGAAGGAGGCCAAGGCAAGAGCUGAAGAGGAGCAUAAGGAAGCGGUGGUCCAGGAGGAUGAAGAUGCGGAAGUGGAAUACAAUGAGCCCACUGUGCACUUUGCUGAGGACACGCUGAUAAGGAGCGAGGAUGAAGAUGAAGAUGAAGAGCGGCCGUUCCCGGUGGAGAAACAGAGGCUGAUCCGCAAGGACACGCCCCACUAUAAGAAACACUUCAAGAUCACUAAGCUGCCCAAGCCAGAGGCAGUGGUAGCACUCCUGCAGGGGCUGAACAGCGAUGGAGUCCCCAAAGAGGAGGAGGAGCUGGGAGGCUGCAACAACAACGCGGAGCCUGAGGACGAGGAGGAAGCGUGGGAUGAGGAUGACAGGAAGAACGGAUCUUUGUCCGCUCAGCCCUCAGUGAAGGGGGUGUCGUUUGAUCAAGCCAAUAAUCUGCUGAUUGAACCUGCUCGCAUUGAGGAGGAAGAGCUGACACUGACUAUCGUGCGGCAGACGGGGGGGCUGGGCAUCAGCAUCGCAGGGGGCAAGGGCUCCACCCCCUAUAAGGGUGACGACGAGGGCAUCUUUAUUUCCCGUGUCUCAGAAGAGGGACCUGCAGCUCGUGCAGGGGUUCGUGUUGGGGACAAGCUUCUGGAGGUGAACGGCGUGUCCUUGCACUGCGCGGAGCACCACGUGGCAGUGGAAGCGCUGCGUGGGUCGGGGAGCUCUGUCUCCAUGACAGUCCUGCGGGAGCGGAUGGUGGAGCCGGAGAACGCCAUCACCGUCACUCCGCUUCGCCCCGAGGAUGACUACAGCCCACGAGAGAGGAGAGGAGGCCUCCGCUUCCCGGAGCGACCCGAGGGGGCACCUCCCACCGAGAGAUUCUCCACCUGCUUGAUGCGCAAUGAGAAGGGUCUGGGCUUCAGCAUCGCUGGUGGCAAAGGCUCCACGCCGUACCGGGCUGGUGACACGGGGAUUUUCAUCUCACGGAUUGCAGAGGGAGGCGCAGCCCAUCGGGACGGGAUCCUGCACGUAGGAGACCGGGUCAUCUCGAUCAAUGGGGUAGACAUGACAGAAGCCAGGCAUGAUCAGGCCGUAGCGCUGCUUACCGCAUCCUCCCCCACCAUCGUCCUGCUGGUAGAGAGAGAGGGUGCAGAGCAGCCCAGCGAGGGAGACGCUCCUGGCGCGCCGUGGGUGCGCAUGCACUCCCCACCGCCGCCCCCCAGCCAUGGGGAGAGCCCAGCAGAGGAGAUGCCUUCGCUGCAAAGGAACCAGCUCUCUAAAGGCCUGGAGGAUCAGUAUCCCAUUGAGGAAAUUCACCUCGUCAAAGCAGGCGGUCCUCUGGGGCUCAGCAUCGUAGGAGGCAGCGACCAUUCGAGUCACCCCUUUGGGAUUCAUGAACCAGGGGUUUUCAUUUCAAAGGUCAUUCCCCGUGGCUUGGCGUCUCGCAGUGGGCUCCGGGUGGGGGACAGGAUCCUGGAGGUGAACGGCAUCGACCUGCGCCAUGCUACCCACCAGGAAGCAGUGAACGCCCUGCUCUCCAACACGCAGGAGCUGACCGUGUUAGUAAGGCGAGACCCACCACCGCCUGGCAUGCAGGAAAUAUGCAUUGAAAAGGCUCCAGGAGAAAAGCUGGGCAUCAGCAUCCGGGGUGGAGCCAAAGGUCACGCUGGGAAUCCGUUUGAUCCUACCGAUGAAGGCAUCUUCAUUUCUAAGGUGAGCUCCUCUGGGGCUGCAGCCCGGGAUGGCCGCCUCAAGGUGGGAAUGCGGAUCCUGGAGGUGAACCAUCAGAGUUUGCUGGGAAUGACACACACAGAAGCAGUGCAGAUACUCCGAAGCGUGGGCGAUGCUCUCCUGGUGCUGGUGUGUGAUGGCUUCGAUCCCAAGGCUGCAGCUGCCAUUGAGAUGUCUCCUGGAAUUAUUGCAAACCCUUUUGCUGCUGGUAUCGGACGCAAGAAUAGCCUGGAAAGUAUCUCAUCUAUUGACCGGGAUCUAAGCCCUGAAGAACUGGAGGUCCUGCAAAAGGAGAUGGAAAUGGUGAGAGAAGCAGCUCAGUGGGAGAGAGAAGAAGUGGAGAAAGUGGAGUGGAUGCGUAGGGAGCGGGAGGCGGCCACGCGGCAGCUUGAGGAGGAGGCCGCAGAGAAUGUCACGAGUGAACCUUUGCGAAUGGACUAUCGGACCCUGGCUGCUUUGCCCAGCAGUGGCUCGCAGAGAGUCGGUCGCACUCCUGUUCAGUGUGAUAGGGCCGCUUCCGGCACAGAGAGUGACCGCGCUAUGCUGUCCCUGCCGGUGGCACAGGACAGCCGGGACUGCUCCCCGGCGGCAGCCGCAGCCCUGACCACCAGAUGUGAGCCUGGCCCUCCCCAGGACCCCGCGUCGCCCUGCCGGCGCACGCACGGGGCAGAAAAGCCCCCGCUAGACGAACGGGAUCCCACCCAUUGCUCCCUGCCCCAGGAGCCAGAGACGCCAGAGCAAGAGUGCAUGAUCGACUCCCAGCCCAUCCUCUUCAGCGAGAACCCCUUCGUGGUGGCCAACCGGAGGGGGAAGGCGGCGGGCAGGGCCUGCCUGGGGGGCCCGCCGCUGGGCUAUGGCAGGGAGGGAGUGCUGAAGACCAACCUUUACUCCAAGGCUCCUGAGUCGGGGACGGGAAAUUCAAGGCGGGAGACCCCGUAUUCUCCCAGUAACCAGCAGAUGCCCGCAGCUGCUCGGCCAGGCAGGGAGACACGCUUUGCUUCCAUUAACUUCAUUGCAUCGCAGGAUGACAGCAGAUCACAGACCAAGCCAGGCGUCAUUCAGCCUCUUUCUCGAGCGCGACAAAAUGCUGCCUCGCAUAACUCGGAGGACGGGGACAGCCCCAAUCCCUUCCAGCAACCCGAGCCCUGCUCCAGUGUCCAGAACUCUCCAAAGCCACCGUCACCACCUUCUCCUGAUGAGAUUCCCAUCAAUGUCAAGCAAGCAUACAAGACUUUUGCAGCAGUGCCCUUGUCGCACCCUCUGCUCGAGACACAGGUGCCAGUGCAGAGCGGGCUGCACAGCCCUGAGCAGCGCUCCUUCCGCGAGAGGCAGAAGUACUUCGAAGUGGAGGUGAAGCAGCAGCAGGUGGAUAAGCCUCCCAAGCGUGUCUCCUUGGUGGGAGAGGAUGACCUGAAGAAAAUGAAGGAAGAGGAAGCUCGAAAACUGCAGCAGAAACGUACCCUUUUGCUGGAGGAAGAAGGGGAAGAGGACGAGAUGAUAAAACAAGUGCCUGAGAUGAGCAUGCCAUCCACUGUCAUCAUUGAAGGAGUUGAGUACAAGAUUGAGAGACUGAAUGGAAGGAGCACCCAGGCUCCAGCAACUCGGUCCACAGAGGUGAAUGAGAACAACAGCUCCCAGAGGAAUUCGCUGGAAGAAGGAAUGAAGCCCGAACAGAGAACGAACUCCAUGUCUGGGUUGAGCCCAUUGAGUCUUGGAGCAGGGGAUGCCCUGGCCCCGGUGCGGACAGCCAAAGCCGAGCGGCGGCACCAGGAGCGACUGCGAAUGCAGAGCCCCGAGCUCCUGAGCAGCCAAGAGAAGGAGCUGUCCCCAGCAGAACGUCGCGCUCUGGAGGCAGAGAAGCGAGCGAUGUGGAGGGCGGCACGAUCCUCAACUCUUGAAGACAGUAUUAAACAGUACGAGCAGGAUCUGGCCAGGAAGCUGUACCAGUCCCGGCAAUGGGCUCCUGCUCCCGGGGCCAGGCCAGCUCAGAUGCCUAGUCCAGUGCAGAGUCACGCCUCGAGAACCCCUGGGUCAGGAAACCAAUCCAGGAUGAAGUCCCUUGAACAGGAUGCUCUUAAAGCCCAAAUGGUCAUUGCCAAGUCCAAGGAGGGAAAGAAACGCAGCACUCUGGAGCAGGUGACAGAGUCACCUUCGCCCGUUCCUACCCCGUCACCAACACCACUGGAAGAUUGCAGUCCCAGGAACGUCACUUCACCAGGAAGGCUGUCCAUGUCUGAAAAGAAGUUUGACUACCGGGAAUUUGCUGCUAUUCCUUCCUCCAAACCUGUUUACGAAAUCCAGGUAUUCGCUGCAUGCUGAAUUUCUGCCUGCUGUUGGAUUGGUCAGGGCUUGGUUGAGUGGAAGCGCUGCACACAAAGUGAGGUCCCUCAGGACAGGGGCUGAAUGGCGUGAGGAACUGUUCCUCUUCAGGGUCCCCCUCAUGUUCGGGGCAGUGACACCUGGCCACGCUGUGCUGAGGAUGCCCUGGCAGCGGCAUUCGGGUGGCAUUGUUACAGAGUUGGUCCAGGUGGUUUUAGAAGCGAUGACAAAGCCUUUGCGAACACGAAGCAACUACACCUGCACCUUAACGGAUGCUCAGGUGUUUUCAAGUGAGAGAUGAGAACUAAAAGGGAAGGAGAAACUGUAGAAAAGAUUGCCAGCAAAUUGCAGGUGGGAGCUGAUGGUAACUUGAGGCUGGAAUGAUCCAGCAUCCUGCCCCAGAAGCAGCUGUGCUGACAGUUUUCUUAGUUUUAACUCUGCCGUAGAUGUCAUCAUAAUCAUGAAGUAAUCGUAUUUUGGGCACGGGUGCAUUAACAAAGCUCUUGUGAGAGGAAAAAACCUCAUUUAAGCUGCUCUGUCAUUUCUGUGAGCUGCCUAUUUUGUCAUUUGUCUGAGUUAGUCAUUAGCUGAUUGCAUUUGUGACGGAGGAUUUGAGCAGAUGAUGUGUGGCUCUUGGAAUUUUUUUUUGAGCUUUAUGGGAAGAGAAUGAAGCAGAUACCAGCAGUUACAUUCGUGGUGUGCAUGGAGAGCCAGCAGAUGCCGACACGUUGGACUCUAACCUGCUGCCAUGACACGAGCCUUUCAGGUCCAAAAGGCACCAUCCCAAAUGAUCACAGCUCUAGUUUGAGGAAUCUCAGCAGUUAGUUAGACAUGAUUUGAUUCCUGCUCUUGGCUGACUCCUUUCACUGGUGGUAUUGCUGAGCCCUUGCUAGUAUCUCCUCUUUUCCCCCUAAGGACGCCUUCACUUUUGGGGUGUGCCUUUGUCCAGGUGGUGCACUGGGUAAGCAGAGAGCUGGCAGCUCCAGCCCAACUGCAGCUCUGGGCUGAGUUUCCCCAAACCUCUGCUGAGGUGACAGCACAGCACUGGUUCUCCCUGCAGCUGAGAAGGGACCUCUGCAGGGUAAAGCUGCAGCUUCGUGUCACCAGGCAACUCGUCCGGACCUCCCACAGCAGUGCAGCUAAUUAAAAGGCCGUGUUUCUUCCCGGCCAUAGUCACACAAAUGGCGUUGACUUUGGAUCAGUGCAGGACUUCUUGGCUGCACUGUGGCAAAUUCGUCACAGCUCCCUGUACUCUGCUCUCUGCUGUUGGUGAAGAGCGUGCAUUUUACAUGCGUUCACUUCAUUUCUAAGACACUUAAUGGGUGUUCUCCCUUGGUUGUCCAGGGGGGUUGUGGAUGCCCCGUCCCUGGAGGCAUUCAAGGCCAGGCUGGACGUGGCUCUGGGCAGCCUGGUCUGGUGGUUGGUGACCCUGCACUCAGCAGGGGGUUGGAACUCGAUGAUCUUGGAGGUCCUUUUCAACCCAGGCCAUUCUAUGAUUUCUAUGACUGCGAUCAUCUCCCUUUAUUUCCUACCUCCAUCAAUGUUGUUGCUUGCACAAAAUAGGCAAAACUGAUAUGGAAGGAGGGCUUCUUGCACUUCUCAUUGCCCAGAGAAGUUGUGGAGUCUCCAUCUAUGGAGAUAUUCAAGACCUGACCAAACACCUACCUGUGCAACCUAUUGUAGGGAACCUGCUUUAGCAGAGGAGUUGGA